AAACUUCAAAGCCUGCUGAUGCCUCCUUUGUUGCUCUUUCUUAAUUAGAUUCGGCAAAAACUGAAGAGCAAACAAGAAGCGAUGGAGAAAUCUGAGAGAGCUAAACAGCUUCGUGCUCUGCGAAAAUAUGGCAAAAAGGUACAAACUGAGGUAUUGCAGAAGAGGCAAAAAGAGAAGACCACAAUGUUGAACGCCAUCAAGAAAUACCAGAAAGGUCUCUCUGACAAACUGGAUUUCCUGGAGGGUGAGAAAACAUCAGCUCCUCAAGGAAAGAAGGAGGGUACUGGAGGCCAACCAGUAAGGAAAGGACCAAAUGCAAAACGACGCUACAAGAACCAGAAGUUUGGUUUUGGUGGUAAGAAGAAGGGGUCAAAGUGGAAUACCAAAGAAAGUCACAAUGAUGUAUCCAGUUUCCGUGCUAACAAAGCCCACUACAAGGGGCCUGGGAAAGGAGGAAAAAAGAAUGCCAAUAAGAGGCCUGGCAAAAAAAAUGAGGCAGAAAAUGAAGAACCGUUCCCGAUAAGGAGUGAAAUGGACAUUUCUUUCCCCCCCAAGUUCUGAAUUCAACUGAUGCUGACUUUCACCUAUAAGACCAUUUAGCUUAUUAUGGAAGCAGCAGCUGGUUCCACCUGACACUGAGUACACCAGUAUUUAUAUAAAAAAGACUAACCAGAUACUUCUUGUUGCCUUGUUUUCAUACUGGCUUGAUCUUUCUAGAGCCUUUUUAUGUGAAAUAGUGGAUUAAAAACACUUUUACAGGUUUA